AGAGGUGCGGCUUGAUUGGUUGGUUUAAGGUUGAAACUUGCAACCAUAUGCAAACCACACCCUUUUAUAAUACCUCUUUUGCAACUCUCUCUCCGACUUCUCGAUCCUGCCACACAUUGGAACCAAUUAUUUUACGCAACGGCAAAGGAAAUCUCUCUGACUCUGUCUUGUGCGUAAAUCUCUAGUAUUUUUUUCUUUCCAUCUCCAUUUUAAUUAGAAAUUUCCAGAUAUUCUGAAGAAGGAUAUAUAAUUUCAAUCAAUGAGCAUACCACUUCACAACAAGGCAGAAGGAGUUGCACAUUUAUAUCGGGCCCAAAGCCUCAAUGUUCCUCAAAGAAAGUGACUUAAUUGUUGAUUAUUUGCAUACGGUGGGAAAUUACCAUAUUGGAGAAAGUCUUUGAAGGUUCUCUAAUUCUAACCAUUCAGGUUGGUAAUCGAAUUUGCCGGUCCAAUUAGGGCUGGCUACACGAAUUCCAUCACGGCUCUAAGCAAAAUUUUCGGUGUUGACAUAAGAAGGGGGCGAGAAUGUGCACAGGAUUGCCCUAAAUUUUUGCUUGCCUCUCCUACAUUUCACGGUGGUAGGGGUGCCCUACCUUCUGCUGGGGGGCAUCCAGCUGAUCUUACCUUCCUUGCUGGUGGUGGACUUUAAAGGAGGCUCUGUUUCUUUUUUGUUUUUACAUAAUAAUUGAUUUAGCACAUUAAGCGAGUUUGUGUAAAAAUUAUGGUUUUAAUCAAGCAAAUUGGAGAACAGCAGUCAUUGGUGAAGCAAAGUCCUCUUUUGGACUACUCCAAAGGCCUGCAAGUGUCAAAUAGAGCAGGUAUUAGUGUUCCUCUUUACAAAUUCGGGCACAAAAAUGCAAAUAGUAAUGAAAACCAUGGGGGAUGUUCUGGUUUCACUGAAGAGCAUAGUUUAAUCGAUACUCUCCUGCUUGCUCAGUGGGAAGAUCGUGCAGCAAAGGGAUUGCUCAGCUAUGACGUCACUGCUUGCGAAACUAAGAUUAUCUGUGGGAGGAGUAAAUUUAUUGCUCAGUUUAUUGAAGGGUGGAAUUCAAAACAUUCACUAAGACAUGUAGGUGUCAAAGAUCUGGACCCUUCUAAAUAUAAAAUGAUGAAUCUCAACAGAGAGGAAGUACUUUUCUGUGUUGCUGAAAGUGAAAAUAUGACCUAUGAGCUUAUUUCUUCAGCCACUGUUCUUAGCAAAGCCACUUUAAUCAUUAUAAAUGAAAAUCCUAUUGAAUACGGCCAUGUCUUCAUAAUUCCAAGUGCUGUUUGUGGUUUCCACCAAUUGCUGGAUCUGAAUUCUUUGGAAGUUGCGGCACGGAUAGCUGUUCAUGUUAACAACUGCUUUUUCCAAAUUGUUUAUGAUAGUUCUGCAGCAUCUACAACUGGAAAUUACUUGCAUUUUGAGGCCUGCUAUUUUGCAAAUCCUUUACCUGUGGAGAUGGUUCCAGUCAUCCCUGUAUUAGGUGAUUGGGAGAAUAUUGAGCUGAAGAUCUUUGAGAUUGCAUCUUACCCUAUUAAGGGUUUGGUGUUUAAGUGCAAGGAGAACUUCAAAUUGAUGGUCAGUCUAGUGGCUGAGGUUUGUUCCCGUUUACAGGACCAGGAUGUCCCUCAUAAACUCUUGAUAACUGAUUGCGGUACAAAGAUAUUUUUAUUUCCCCAGGGCCAGAAUGAGGCUAUGGUGCAGGGCUUCAAAACUGGGUCGAAUCCUUCAGCUUGGGAAUGUGUGGGCUACUUCGUUUUCAAGACAAAGCUGGAAUUUGAUCAGGCCACAGAGGAAUCCAUACUCAAACGCCUUACUGCUGCCUCUCUCAACAAUGAAAAUUUCCAAGCACUGAAGCAGCUCUGUUGUUUCCUCGCAAGUAAGAUGCUGCUCGCAUAGUUAGUGGAGCGAGAGAGAGAGAGAGAGAGAGCAUGAAGACAACUGCUUCUUGCUAUGAUAAAGGUGCCAGUAUAGUAUUUACACUAGUAUGGUAGUGUUGACUUGAUACUCUUAAGUUGGAUCACACCAUGGAAAACAAAGGGGUGCUCCGUUUUAUUUGUAUAGAUAGUGUGAACCUUAUGUAAUCUGCUUGUUGUAUAAUCUUCAUAUAAGUGGGCUGAUAUAUUAGAGAAA